UUUUUUUUUUUUUUACAAUGAACAAGCUGUAUAUUGGAAACCUCAGCGAAAACGUAAGCCCCCCGGAUUUGGAAAGUCUCUUCAAGGAGUCAAAGAUCCCUUUCACUGGACAGUUUCUGGUCAAGACUGGAUACGCGUUUGUGGACUGUCCUGAUGAGAAUUGGGCUAUGAAGGCCAUCGACACCCUCUCAGGGAAAGUUGAAUUGCAUGGCAAAGUUAUAGAAGUUGAACAUUCAGUACCUAAAAGACAGAGGAGUCGGAAGCUACAGAUCAGAAACAUACCACCUCAUCUACAGUGGGAGGUCUUGGACAGUCUUUUAGCGCAGUAUGGAACAGUUGAAAACUGUGAACAAGUGAAUACUGACACAGAGACUGCUGUAGUGAAUGUAACCUAUGCCAAUAAGGAGCACGCAAGACAGGGACUCGAAAAACUAAACGGUUACCAGCUUGAAAAUUACUCACUGAAGGUAACUUAUAUUCCUGAUGAAAUGGCCACACAACAAGCACCCUCUCAGCAGCUACCGCAACAGCCGCAGCAGCAACACCCACAAGGGAGGCGAGGGUUUGGGCAAAGGGGGCCCCCCAGACAGGGGUCCCCUAGUGCUGCUGCAAGACCUAAACCUCAGUCAGAGGUUCCAUUGCGAAUGCUGGUCCCCACUCAAUUUGUAGGAGCUAUUAUUGGAAAGGAAGGAGCAACAAUCAGGAACAUCACUAAACAAACUCAAUCAAAAAUCGAUAUACAUCGUAAAGAAAAUGCUGGAGCCGCAGAGAAGCCUAUUACAAUUCAUUCGACUCCCGAAGGCUGUUCAACCGCUUGUAAAAUAAUUAUGGAGAUCAUGCAGAAGGAGGCUCAGGACACCAAAUUCACUGAAGAAAUUCCUCUGAAAAUAUUGGCACACAACAAUUUUGUGGGUCGCCUCAUUGGCAAAGAAGGAAGAAAUCUGAAGAAGAUUGAGCAGGACACAGACACAAAAAUAACAAUCUCUCCUUUGCAGGACCUAACACUGUACAAUCCCGAACGUACCAUUACGGUAAAAGGCAGUAUUGAGGCAUGUGCCAAAGCAGAAGAAGAAAUAAUGAAAAAAAUUAGAGAAUCCUACGAAAAUGACAUCGCUGCUAUGAAUUUGCAAGCCCAUUUGAUUCCUGGUUUGAACCUAAAUGCGCUGGGACUGUUCCCACCAUCUUCAUCAGGAAUGCCACCUCCCUCAGUUGGUGUUUCCUCACCAACCACAUCCUCUUCAUAUCCACCAUUUGGGCAACAGCCCGAAUCGGAGACUGUUCAUCUUUUCAUCCCGGCAUUAGCUGUAGGAGCUAUAAUUGGCAAGCAAGGACAACACAUCAAGCAACUUUCCCGCUUUGCAGGAGCCUCAAUUAAGAUUGCUCCUGCCGAAGGACCUGAUGCCAAACUACGAAUGGUCAUCAUCACUGGACCACCGGAAGCCCAGUUUAAGGCCCAAGGAAGAAUCUAUGGGAAACUGAAAGAGGAAAACUUCUUUGGACCCAAGGAAGAAGUCAAGCUGGAGGCCCAUAUUAAAGUUCCCUCUUAUGCUGCUGGACGUGUUAUAGGCAAAGGAGGCAAAACUGUAAAUGAGCUUCAGAAUCUAACCAGUGCAGAAGUUGUUGUUCCACGUGAUCAAACACCAGAUGAAAAUGAUCAAGUGGUGGUUAAAAUUACAGGCCACUUCUAUGCAAGCCAGCUUGCACAGCGAAAAAUCCAGGAAAUUCUCGCUCAGGUAAGAAGACAGCAGCAACAACAACAGAAAACCGUGCAGAGCGGACAGCCCCAGCCAAGACGAAAAUAGAGGUUCAAGAAAAUGGCCCUUCACAGAGACAGAUGCCAGACCAAAGACAGACUGAGUAAAAGACAGGUUAACCACACUUGUCAGUGCUACGUGGCUAAAGUUUCCACCUAGCUCGUCACCUGUUUGAGGACCAGGCAACCAGUCCGCUGUCUCUGAGAAUGUAUUCUUUAGGCUCUCAAACUUUUGGAAUCCAGCUUUAAAAAAGGAAAAAAAAGAAAAAAAAAAGGAAAAGAGAGGAAAAAUAAGGACCCCUUCACUUCCCUUUUGAUCUAUUCUCACAAGUUAACAUAAACCUUGUUAGUCUUUUUUUUUUUUUUUUUUUUUUUUUUUUAUUCUUAUUCCCCAACAAUUUUAGAACUUUGUUUAAUGAAGCUUUCUCUUAUGAGUUCUCUGGUUCAAAAAGAAAAGGCAUUGCUCUUAUACGUCCAGAUGUAUUAGAAAAAAAAAGAGAAAAAAAAGAA